AUGGCGAUUUUACCUAAGGAGGAAACGGAGGGUGUCCGUACCCGAAGUCAACGCCAGCAGGAGACGGACCAGAGAAGGUUUGGUGGUGCAACGCCGCAGACGUCGGGGGGCCAACUGCCAACCACGGAAGCUGGCCCGUCAGCAGCCUCUACACCUGCAGCACCUGACUUGGGUGCUCUCAUGAUGAUGUUGCAGGAAAGGGCCCGCCAGCAGGCAGAACAGGAACGCCGAUUGGAAGGGCAGCUGCGGGGCGGACAGGAGGAACAGGCCCGUUGGUUGAAAGAGCAGCAGGAGGAACAGGCCCGUUGGUUGAAAGAGCAGCAGAAGGAACAGGCCCGUCAGUUGAAAGAGCAGCAGGAGGAACAGGCCCGCCGACAGGAGGAACAGGCCCGCCAGCAGGCGGAACAGUCACGCCGAUUGGAAGAGCUGCUGCAGGGCGGACAAGAGGAACAGGCCCGUCGGUUGGAAGAGCAGAUGCUCCUCAUGAAGGACUUUCACGCUACCUUCGGGAAGGAGGUUGCUCAACAUGACAACCACCUGUCGGAAGCUGAAACCCGAAUCGAUCAAGUAAACAAUCGGGUUGACAACGUAAUGGCUGACAUGAAGAAAUCACUGGACGAACUCAAACUUGGGGAUGGAACUACAGCUCCCGUAGUAGCUACAACACCUUCCCUACGUGGAUUCAAAGUGCCGCCGUUCGACGGGACUUCUUCCUGGUCGGCCUACAAAAUCCAGUUCGAGGCCGUCAUGGAGGCGAACGGCUGGAAUAAAAUCCAGGCCAUGACUGCACUCACCCUAGGCCUGCGCGACCAAGCCUUAACUGUGUUGGAAGCUCUCGGUAAGAAAGUGACCUACGAGCAGCUCCUUGAGGCAUUGGAGGCGAGAUAUGGUGACGCUCACCUGGAACACGUCUUUCGCGUGCAGCUUGGAAAGAUCGCGUGCAAAUGCGCAACAACGAAAACGUGCAGCAGUGGGCCCUUGAGGCGGAGAAGAUGGUUAGACGAAAAGCAUACCAGUCUGUACCUACGCUCAUUGAAGGGAAACUGGUGCAGACAUCGACGGCAUCCCCGACCUUAA